GGAAUAUGGCCUCCGUAUCUUGAGUUUUGCCGGUUUGUGAGCCGCUUAAAGCGUCCCGGCCCCGCGGAGACUCGCACUUGAACGCACCUCGUAUCCAUGAUCUUCCGCCGGUCACUGGCAACCCUCACCUCGACCCUUACUCCAACUGUUCGACAAUUGCUCGCGCCGGGCACGCCGAGCAGUCCGAACUCCAUUCAGGUCAAUGGCUGGGUGAAGUCGGUCCGUCGGCAGAAGAGAGUUGCGUUCGCGGUCAUAACCGAUGGUUCAUCCACGGAAGGCCUUCAGGCCGUAUUCACGGACGUUGCUUUGGCGAACGACUUGGCGAAGGGUUGUGCAGUCAGGUUGACUGGCGUCCUUGCGGACAGUAUAGGCCCCGGACAGGCUAAAGAAUUGCAGGUUCAGGCAGUCGAUGUUGUCGGAGAAUGUAAUCCGGAAGAGUACCCUGUUAACAAGCGAGAGAUGACAGUAGAAUAUCUGCGAGAUCAUUGUCAUCUCCGGACGCGUACCGACGAAAUGGCAGCCGUCAUGCGGUUACGAGACUCUAUGACGAGGACCAUGCAGGACUACUUUACGAAUCUUGGAUUCACCUACGCGCACACGCCGCUGGUAGUAUCGAACGACUGUGAAGAUGCCGGCGAAACUUUCCGGGUCUUGGCCCCCUCGGAGGGGAUAUCCGCCUCGCCCGCAAAAGAGGCCUCUCCUUCACCUGCAACAGAGCGAGACGACGAAAAGCAUCCGGAGCACUUCUUUGGUCGUCCUGCAUACCUGACGGUCUCGUCUCAGCUGCACCUUGAAGCCCUGGCAACAUCACUCUCCCGAGUGUACACUAUUUCACCAUGCUUUCGGGCAGAGCGAUCUCAGACCGGACGACACUUGUCGGAGUUCUGGAUGCUCGAGGCCGAAUGGGCCUUUACCAACAAGGUGGACGACGUCUGUCAGGUUGUCGAGGGCGCUGUUAGGCAAGCAUUGUUGCGGGGCGGCACAGAGCUCAAGUUGCUGAGAGAGACCCUGCCGGAGGAACGCCUCGCCGUAUUCGAGAGAGCCUCCGCGGCUCAACCGUGGACGAGGAUUACUUACACCGACGCAAUACGAGAGCUCGAGAAGAUACAGAGCACAAGCAAGAUCUUCAACUAUGGACCUGUUUGGGGACAACCCCUACGAAGCGAACACGAACGCUGGAUCGCAGAGCAAAUCGUCCAGGGCCCAACGUUUGUUACGGAUUACCCUGUCGAGCUCAAACCAUUCUACAUGCGCCUCAAUGACGAUGGGAAGACCGUUGCCUGCUUUGAUCUCCUCGUUCCCCACCUGGGCGAGCUGGUUGGUGGCUCACUCCGUGAGGAGCGUAUGUUGUAUCUUCGUAAAGCCUUGAAGCGUGAUCAGCUGGACGCCGCCAGCUAUGACUGGUAUCUCGACCUUCGUAGGUACGGUGGCGCGCCCCACGGCGGGUUCGGGCUAGGGUUUGAGAGGUUGGUCAGCUGGAUAACGGGGGUGGAGAACGUGCGCGAGUGUAUUCCGAUGCCGCGCUGGGCGGGACGCAUGUUGUUAUAGACUUGUCCCAAAAAUGUCAUUUCCUCCCAUGCUAAGGGCGGGAUGUCCCCGUAUGGAA